CAUAUAGUCACAAAAAUCUUUCGCAUAAAGAAGUAAAACGUAAGAAUUUUCCAAUGCAAUUUUCGCUGGGAAAUCGGCAUUAAAAUAAUGUAAAAAGUGGUAAAUAAGUUGGCGCCUACCGACCGGCAUGCAAAAGCAUUGAAAUCCAACCUGUGCGACUAGUUUUCGGUGUUGUUUUGGCCCUGCAUAAAUUUGUUGCGCGCCAUUUUGUUUUUGGAAAGCAAAAAAAAAAAGACAACAGCAAAAACCUACCACAAAAAGUCAAAUGACUCGCGAUGCGUGCGGCCUAGAAGUCGUCACCCCCCCUCGAAAAAAAACACCGAAACCCCGACCUCCCCGACCAACACACACACACACGCACACAUCUGCAAGCUGCGAUUGUUCAUAAAUUUUAAUUAACUCAAAAAGGCGGAGGAAAAAAGAAGAUAACAACAACAAAAGGCGAACAAAACACCGGAAAGCAAGGAGAAUUAAUAAAAAUCAAUAGAGCGGCGAAGCGGGAGGCGAUAAAAAGAAGUGUUAUCAGUGCGAAUUAAUUGGCUGCAAAGAAGAAGAGGGGAGGAGGAGGAGGAGCAGGAGGUGGCUCCCGGGGCUUGAGGAUUAGGGAGCUCCACAUCCGCAUCCGCAAACCCCCGCCAAGAUGUCCGUGCAGCAGUUCUGCCUGCGGUGGAACAACCACCAGCCGAACUUCAUCUCGGUCUGCUCCUCGCUGCUGCACAAUGGCACCCUGGUGGACGUCACUUUGGCCGCCGAGGGACGCCAGCUGCAGGCCCACAAAAUAGUGCUCUCCGCCUGCAGUUCGUACUUUCAGGCUUUGUUCACCACAAAUCCGUGCCAACAUCCCAUUGUCAUCCUGAAGGACGUGCAGUACGAUGACCUCAAGACCAUGGUGGACUUCAUGUACUACGGCGAGGUGAAUGUCUCGCAGGAACAGCUGCCGCACAUCCUCAAGACCGCCGAGAUGCUCAAGAUCAAGGGUCUGGCGGAGAUGCCCACGGAUCCGGCCAAUCUGACCAAGUCGGACAGCAAGUCAUCCACCGAUGGCACCGAACUGGUGGGCGCCUCGGGCGUGGGCACCGGUGCGGGCACUUCGGCUGGCAGCCUGGGUGCCGCCAGUGGCAGCAGCGUCGGCGAUUCCCUCUGGAGCAGCAGCGAGGCCCAGCAGUUCCAGCAGCAGCAGCAACAACAGCAGGCGGCUCAGCAACAGGCGCAGCAACACCAUCACCACCAGCAACAGCAGCAGCUGCAACAGCAGGCGGCCCAACAGCAGGCCCAGCAGCAGGCUCAGCAGCAACAGCAGCAGCAGCACCAUCACCACCACCAUCAGCAGCAGCAGAGCGGACAGGCGCAGGCGGCGCAGACGCAUCACCAUCAGAUGCGACGCACGCCGUCGCCGCUGAGCGCCGGCACUUCGCCGGCCACCAGGCGCAAGCGGUUGCGCAAAUCCUCGAAUAACGGCUCUGGCGAACGCAACAAUGCGGAGGAACAGCACAACAGCUCCCUGGACGCGGGCAGUGGUGCCGGCAAUGCCGGUCUCAGUCUCGCCCAGAUGAGCCAAAUGUCCUUCGGUGCUGGCGGCGGUCUAGCCGGCCACUCACUGCACGCGGCCAAGCUGCUCAAGGAGUCGGCCAGCGCUGAGCUGGAGCAGCAGCCGCAGGAUUCGGAUCUGGACGACGGACACGGACAUUUACACAUGCAAAUUAAGCCCGAAGUGGACAUUGGCGGCGUGAACCAAACGAUGCCGUUGGACAUCUCUGGAGGAACCACACCAUCCGAACACGAUGCGCCGAACUCCCAGUCCUCGCACUCUGAACCGAGUCCAGCGCAUGCCCCUCAUCCGCCGCAUCCUCCUCUGGCGGCCGCCAGCAGCAGCAGCGGUGGCAGCGGCAGCUUCGAGCGCUCCUUCAGCAUCGGAGGCAUCGGAUCGACCGAGUGCGAACCGGAUGGCACGCCCAGUUCGCCGGUGGUGAUGGGCACGAAGCGCAACCGGGUGCUGACCCGUCAGCCGCGGGUGAAGCGGGACAGCGACAGCAUCUCCUCGACGAAUCAGAUAUCUCCGGACACGGCGGCCACCACGCUGGACUUUGAUCCUUUUAAUGCUGCCGGAGCCACGAGUGUUACGGCCCGGGAUUACUCGACCACUGGGUCGUCGCAUCAUCUGCAUCACCAUCAGCCAGCGCAUCAUCAUCACCUGCUGACCGUUCCGCCGCGAAUCGAGCGACAUGCCUCCGAACCGGCGCCCAGUUUGGGACCCUCCACGCCGCACCUGCUUAGCGUGCCGUCCAGCACACCGUAUCUCAUCAAGCAGCACUCGGACCCCCUGCUGCCCCGCCAGUCGGCCCUGCAAAUGGCAGGCUCCAGUUCUGGGUUGGCAAGCGGCAGCAAUCCGUUUGCCCCGCUGCACCGCCAAUACUCGCAUCCGCUGUCGGGCAGCAGUGCCAGUGCCUAUGUGACGCCCGCGCCGCUCCACCAUCCGCACCACAUCUCACUGCCCGAGUCCAUCUACGCCUCGGGCUCCCCGCCGCCGGCCGGCUCCUCGCAGUACCUGGUGCCCACGCGUGUGGUGGCCCAGUGCCCGGUGGUCUCCAGUGAAACGGCUGCCACGCCCACGAAUGCCAGUCCGGGCUCCUCGUCGACCGUUUCGGCUGCCGUCUCCGUGGUUACCUCGCCCAAUUCGGGGCUACAGAAUAGUGCUAACCGACAUCCUUUGUCGCCCACAUUCUCCAUUGGAUCGGAUGUGGCCCACGAGCGGAGGUCACCGCAUUCACCAACUGUCAGUAGAUCACAGAUUGUGGAGGGGCGUGGCAAGCAGCCGGGAGAGGCGUCCAACGGAGGCGGCGGCGGCCAGUCGAGGCUAAGGAAUUCCAAGUCCGCCUCGGGCUCCAUCAGCGGCAGCAGCAGCCAUCAUCAUCUGCAUCCCAGCCAGGCCACCAUGAGCAGUUCGUUUGAGCAUUUGCCCACGCUGCGCGUCAAGAACGAGGAACUGCAGCGAUCGGUGUCGUCACCUCAGACCCAACGGGAGAUCAUUACCCUGGAGAAUCCGCGUUCUAGUCACUGCCCGGUCAUUCGACCAGGUCCUGCGCUGGGCUGCAACUUCUGCUGGAACACCAUCGAUGGGCAUGGACGAAUUUUGCGACGCAAAACGAAGUACCAUUGCCCCGAGUGCCAGACGAACUUGUGCAUUGUGCCCUGCUUCCAGGAGUACCACGAGCGGCUCAACAACGAGGCGGCGGCAGCGGCUACUUCUUCAGCCAGUGGAGAGAAUCAGCUGAACAGCAGCAGCAGCAGCAGUGGCAAGGCCUCGCCGUAUGUCUCCUCCGCCGGCAGCAGCAGCGGAUCAGCGGGUGCCGCAGCAGCUCGUCAUUAUACCAAGACGGAAUCGAUAUAAACUGGAGCUGCCGUGGCUAAGCCCGCACAUUUGUAUUUGUGGCAGGAUGGCCGAUGGUGAAAAGGGUGAACCGCUUGUAGGGAUCUUGGAGUCCUAGGUUGCCCCACCAGGCCGUCGUCUGUCGAAUUUGUUUUUUUGUCAGCAGGAUGCGCAAAGCAACCUGCACAACCGAAAUUUUCAUUUGUUGUCCCGCCAGUUUCACUGUGCAUCCGGUCCUGGAGUCCGGGCACAUGGAUUGCGCGGAGAUGGGCGCCCCAAGUGGCGCCGGAGAUUUGUUUUUUGAGCCGUGGCUUCAAAGCGCACGCAGCCAUUUGUAAAGUAACGAAAAAAAUACCUUUUUGGACCACUCCGCUGGAAAAUGCGGAGUGCAGAGUAAACUUUUUUGUAAAAUCUAAAAGCUAAAUGUAAUACUAUGUUUAUGUGUGUGUGUACUAUAUAUUAUAUAUGUGUAUGUUCUUGUACAAAAAAAAAAACCAACAAACAAACGAAAAAUCCAACAAAAAUAAAAACGUUCGACGACGUUGGUGCAGCCAAGCGGUGUGCGUGUGUCUCAGACUUCUGAAGCUCGAAUUACGAUUAGGUUUUCACCAAGUACAACUAUUACUACCCCUGCUCCGGUCUAAACUUAAGUAUGUCCCUGUAUGCACCUGUACUUUCGCCGGGCACCGCUGCGCAGGCGCACGAAUUGUCAAGAGGCCCACAACAGCACACGACACUUGUUUUACCACAAAACGUUUUAUAUCAAUGUAUAUGCACACGUGUGUCCCCUAGGGAGAACCAGGUCCUGGAGAUUCGUUUAACUCUGAGUGUAAACUACUAUGUAAACAAUACGGAAAUCAAUAAAUAAUUGUAAACCCUCUGGUUUGAUAAAAA